AUGGCGGAAGUCAGCCAGCAUGUGCGCAACAACAGCGCCAUCUUCAACAUAACCAGGGGGGAGCGGCACCCCUGGGACUACGACCCCCUGAUGUCGUUUCGCCAGGUUGACAGCCCUGACACGAGGGCCAGCCUUCCCAUCUUUACCACGGCAAUGAGCGUCGUUUCCGCAUCUAGUUCUCGGAGGUCUUCGCUGAGCGGGAGCGAGGUGGACCCUGCAGAAAUACGGUCCCAAAUCGGGUCAGAAAAGGGGUUAAGCAGGUCGAAGCGGAGCUCCUUGGGAGGGGUGGAAGUAGUCACAACAGUGCUCAAGCCAAAGCUUCUCAAGAGUACAGUCAAAGCUGGCCGGGCUGGGGCCAAGUCUGGGAUCCCAAAGCCAAAGGAGGUGGCAAAAAAGACCGCGGGGCUUUCGAGUCUCAGGAGAACGAGCAAGGCGUCGUCUCUGGGAGCAGCAACGAAUAAAAGCAGGAACAGCGGGGCGGAAGGAAAGCAAGCGCCGAAGAAGAAGAAGGGGUCAAAGGAGGCCCCUCCAGAAGGAAAUCCGCUGUCGCCUUGGACGGCAAAGGAAGACAUAAUCUCCCCGCUAGUGUUCACGUCGUCACCCUCCAAGCGCAAAGGGCUCUUUAUCGAGAUCCCGAGCUCGACGCAGCUGUCCAGUCGGAGCAGCUUCGUGGGGAGCCAGUCGGUUGCUUCGGACGAUGACCGGGAGGGUUUGGACGGCGAUGCGGACCGCGGACAGGGGCGCAGGGGCCAGCUUUCGGACCGGAGCCGCGUCAGCAAUGGCCAGGACUCUGAGCAUUUGCGGACCACACUGGGGGCCAGCGAGAAGUCGCAGUCUCGCGGCGCGUCCCGGAUUGGUAGCAGUCAGGGGCAGAGUCCGGUAGCCGCAUCUGCAAUCGGCAGUGCAAGGUCCAGGGAGGGGAGUGCGAAUCUACGGUACCCAGCAGAGGGAAGUGUGCACAGCAGCGCAGUAUCAGAAAGGAGGCGCCGGUCUAGUGUCAGUCUCUCUCAUCUGCUUCCCAAGGAAGAGCGAACAAACAGCGUCCGUGGAGAAAGCAUCCCGGCAGACGGGCUUCAUAGCACACGUGCGUCAUCGCGGCAGGGAAGUCGUCAUGCUGACGAGUUUUCACAUCGGUCAACUCCACGGACUGAAGAGUACAGAGACGUAAGAGUUUCUGGCGGUUCCAGUAGGGCUGGUUUAAGAGACUUGGAAGAACGAGGGGACUUUCUGGGCUCAAGCCGGGCAAGUUCCCUUGGAGAAGGGGACAGAAAGCAGCCGUCUGAGCGAGGGGCAAGUCGGCUUGACACCACCUCGCAACCGUCAGUCCGGGACGAGUUUGGAGGGGAUCGCAGUGUCAGGGGUUCCAUCAAAGGCAGCCCUCUAGCAGAAAGGGACCUGGGCCGAGGCUCGAGCCUCCGUAGUGAUGAGCGCCUAGACACACAGAUGCGAAGCUCGAGACUUGACGAGCUACGGGGCGCUGAAAGUUUGAGGAGCUCCCCCAAGGGAAGCGUCCAAAGCGUAGCAGAAACAAGGGCGGAGCGGGAGGAAAGACUGGCGAGUCGGGCAAGCUCUUACCGCGACUCUGGGGAAGUCGAGGAAAGACCGGCAAGCAGGGCAAGCUCCUACCGACAUUCUGGUAAGGAGACAGCAUCGAGGAGCGCUUCAGCCCGAGCGGAUUUCCCGUUUGACGGAGAAGAAACACGUAGAACCUCCAGAAUUUCGCUGUUGGCGGACAAAGAGGAGCGGAGCUCUAGCCGAGCGGAAUCCUCGCUCGCGGAACGAGACAAUUCCCCCCGGUCCGUUGACGGAUCCACCCGGGCGCGGUCCUCCAUAAACGCGGCCAUCGCGGCGGCCGAUCUGGCCGUCGCGGCCGCGAUGCGCGGCCGCGAAACCCCGCAGUCCGAUCGAACCCCUUCCCGGACCUCCCCCCUUGCGCUGCUGGAAACCCUGGCCGGGACUUCGCCGAAAAGCACGCGCUCCGCCAGCCCCGCCUCCCCCAAGUCAAAGUCGCGGUCGGGGACUCCUACCGGGCGAGCCGCGCAGGAGCGCAAGGCGCAGCUGCUGUCCUCGGGGCGGUCCUCCGUGUCGCGGACGGGCAAUUCCGGCGACCGGUCGCCCCGCAGCAGCGGCGCGCGGUCGCCGCUCGGGUCGCACAGUCCCCGCGGGCGGUCGCCUCUGGCCAACAGCAGGGAGCACAGUUUGCUGAAGGCUGCGCUCACGAGUCCGCGCAAAAGUUUCGCGUCUGCGACAGAGCGGGGACGGAGCCCGAGUCGAGAUGGCACUCGUCGGCAUACCGACUCUCACGGAGAAACGGGUGAGAGCAGUCCACGGAGACGGUCUCAGAGCUGGACACGUGGCACCCCUGAGAGCCCGACGGAGAGCCGGAGGUCGAGCCGUGCUCGGGAGGAGAACGAGAGCGGGGGCGAUACGGAGCCGAGUAGCAGACGCGCUAGCUCUCGAGCGGCGAAGGAAUUGGAGGCACUAGGAGGGAAAGAGGGGGACGAAAUGACGGGCAGAAUUACCCCCAGGAAAGCACCACACUCUGACAAGAGCCGGCGGGAAAGCACAGUAACGGAAAGACCCGUUAACCGGUCACGAAGCCCCUCCGUUGGCCGCUCACGCCACUCGUCAAUCGUCCUUUCACCGACCAGAGCAACUUCCCGCGCAUCUUCCCCAACUGGCCGACGAAGGUCGAUUGCCACGUCACCGGUUGCUACGUCACCACGGACGUCAUCCGCCGCCCGGCAGAUCCACAGCACAACGCCCAAGUCGCCUCUGGGGUCCGUCCGGCGGUCCUUCGUCGCGCCGACGUCACCCGGGGACUCGCUGACGUCACCUCGGCGGCCGUGGGGCAGCGCCGUCCCGAGGAGCCUCCCCGCCUCUCCGAAGGGGGCGACACACGUGUCGAGGUUCAAGGAGGAGCUGUCGCCCAAAAAGCGGAGCAACAGCGUGGCGGGGUCCCCUACGAGGGAACGGGGUAGAGAAGAUCUCAGCGAGGCGCGGGAAGAGAGCAGCAGAAAGAACAAGGUUGGAGAGAAAGUUUCCGCUGGAGAAAACGGAUUGCAAGAGCAGAAAGCUGCGGUGAAGACUUCGAGCCGCACCGGAACGCCGACGAGGGAUGAGGAUGCGUGGAGAAAGGGGGAUGCGCCAGACAGCGGCGCCAUGAACAAUGACAAGACACCCCGGAAAAGUCAACACCGCGAGGGGCACGUGAGCCAUACUAGGCGGACGCCAGCCGAAGACAGAGGCCUGUCGGACGACCUCCGGGGUGAGGUGCAAGAGCUCGCGCGCGCGCUGGAGAAGGAGCGCCAACGGGUGGCCUUCCUCGAAGAGGAACUUGCCGCCAGCGAGCGGUUCGCGAAGAAGCUUGCUUUGGAACUGGAUGAAUGGAAGACGAAAGCGAGGCAGUACGAGACCGCUGCCCUCCAAGCGGAAGGACGGAUCGAUUACGCCAAGCGGAAGGAGACGGAGCUGUCGGAGUUGCGGCAGAAGCAACUGAAGCUCGAGAACGAGGCCGACGAGUGGCGUCAGAAGUACACGCGCCACCGGCGGGUGUCGAUGGAGAGCGAGGUGGCGGCCGCGGAGAAAGCCGCGGCGCAAGCGCGCAGGGAGGCGGAGGAGGCGGCCGCGCUGAUUCAAGACGACGCUCGAAGGGAGCUUAAGGCCGCCCAAGACGCCCUCCAGGAGCGCGACGCGCGCGCCCGCCAGCUCGAGCGCGAGCUGACGUCGGAGCGCGGCGCGCGCGCGGCCGCCGAGGCCGAUUCCGCGUCGGCCAAGGCCGAAGCCGCGGAAGUGCGCGGCGCGCUGCAGAAUCAGGGUUUGGAGAUUGAGCGCGCGCGCAGGGCGAGCGAAGACCUGGAGGACCGCCUGCGUGACGAGGCGCAGAUGCGGCUGGGACUGGUGGAGAUGACGGAGGUGCGGCAACUAGAGCGAGCGCUCGGGGACAAGGAAGCGGAGCUGCAGCGCUGCAAGAAGAAGCUGGCAGAAGACGAGAAAGCGGCAGCGGAAACCACGACCGCUCACGAAGCCGAGAUCCAGGCGCUCCAGGACAGCCUCGCCGCGUCCGCGCGCGCGCUCGCGCACCUUGCGGGCGGCGCGAGCGGCGCGACAAGCCCGCGCGAGCACGGCCCCGUAACAAACCUGGACCAUCACAUUCGACGAGUGCAGCGGCGGAUAAGCGAGAGCGAAGUCACGGCCGCGCGGGUUGAGGAGCUCGAAAACCGGGUUAGCGAUCUAGACCGGGCGCUAGAGGCCCGUAACGAGGAACUAAAACGGGUUAAGACGGAACAAGCGGAGGCGGCCGUAGCGGCGGGGGUCGAGUCGGUGGAGUUGCGGCGCCAGUUCGUGGAGGCGAGCGAGGAGCUGACACGUGUCAGAAAGCAGUUGGUGGACGUGCAGCGGGCGAGUGACACGUGGCAGGAUAAGGAGCAGAAGCUGAGGGGGGAGCUAAGGGUCGUGAAGGAGGAGAAGGAGAAGACCAACGAGGAGCUGACAGCUGUCCAGCGGCAGGUGCGGGCGGUCAAUGAGGAGGCGACGCGUGUCAGGGGCCAGCUGAUAGAGCUGCAGGGCAAGGAAGUUGUGCACCGCGAGAGGGAAGAGGAGCUCCGUGACGAGACCCUCCGACUGCGCGACGAGCUGACCACUCUGCGCGAGAUGCUCAUCUGCCUGGGCGACAAAACGCCUGAGGCCAACCGGAAACGGUCGCCCGAAUCGCGCCGGGUGGCAAGCGACGCCUCGGGUGACGCAUUCGCAACGCGCGCGGUCGUCAGAUCUGACGUCAGCGACUCCGAGGACGAUUCGCGCGCGCGGGCGCGCCGGGCGAGCCGGCGGCUCGACUUCGACGAGGUGCCGGUGCGGGACACGGACCGUUCGGGAGAUCCGGACGCUGCCCAAGCUUGCAGAGCGGAGAGGCGGAAUGGAACGGAACGGACGCCGGAACGGACGAAUCGGACGUACGAAGAUCAGAAAGAGGUUGAUCUGGCGUGGGCGAGGCACGAGGCGAAGCGGCAGGCUGCGUGCUUGGAGGCGCUCAAGGGACAACUGGAGGGCAAGAAUUGCGAGCUUGCGGAGGCGCGCAUUAAGCUGGUCGAGGCGAAAGCGCUAUCGCGCGAGGUCUCCGCGCUGAGAACGCGCGAGGGAUCGCUGCGGCGCGAGGUUGAGGAGGCGGAGCGGGAGCGCGACGAGUUGCGGCGCGAGUGCGCGGGACUGCGCGCGCGGCUGAAGCGCGAUAGCUGGCGGGAAGAGGAGCAGUGGGGGAGACGAAGCCCCAGGAGUUCAUUGGACCGUUACUCGCGGCGCAAUACCCGGAAGGCGUUCGAAGACGAAUCGGAGCACAGCCGAUGCGACUCGGACUGUACGACAUGCGAGGAGGAUCAGUUGGGCAGCCACGGACGGCGACGGCGGUCCGAAGGGCGACAUGCAGGGCAGCGCGCGCGGGGGUCAGGUCGCCACGAGGGAGUGCGCGAGCUCCAGGAGAGGCUCGCGCGCUUUCGCGAAGAGAAACGGGAGCUGCAGUCGGAAAUGGAGCGUAUGCGGAAGCGCCAGGCGGCGCUGGAAACGGAACUCAAAACGUGCCGGUUUGAAAGUCAAGAGUCGGGCGAGAAAGUCGUCGCGAUCCGCGAGGAACGGCGCGCGGGGCAGGAGCAGCUCAGCGUGGCGAAUGAGAAGCUGACACGUGCCCGGCGGAGAGUGGAGGAGCUGGAGGCGCAGGUGGAGUUGCUGCGCGCGGAGGUUGCGCGGAACGCGGGGCGACAUGGAGCGGAGAGAGGGCCGGAGUUGGUCGCCGCUCUGGCGCGCGCGCGCAGGGCGGAGAAGGAGCUUCACGAGACGCGGGGGUUGGUGGCGCGUCUGAGGGAAGAGACGAAGAAGCUGAAAGAAUCAUCUAAUGGUCGGGAAAAUGCACUUGAUGACAUGAUAAGUAUGCCGUUCCGCUUCGAGGGGGUCAUAACGUCGCCCCGAUAA